AUGGCGCCGCAACUCGAUGCCGCACAGCGUUCCCUGAUCAAGACUUUACUAGCGCAAGGAUUCGAGAAUCAGCUUAUUGCUUCAAAAGCUUCAUGCUCUAAACAUACCGUUCAGAAGAUGCGUCUCGAAAGACCAGAUUCUGAGAUGCCCACCCGAAAACCAGCUCGUGUCGGCCGUCGCAGCCGCAUGACAACACGUAUGCAGAAGGCCCUUUGUGAUAGACUAAUCAAACAGCCGUAUAUGUACCGGUGCGAGAUGGCGGACUUCCUUUAUCGCCACUUUGCGACGAGAUUAUCGGAGCGAUCCAUCGGUCGGACCUUGCGAUCAAUCGGGUGGACGAGAAAGACUAUCCGCCGCAUCGCACAACAGCGGGAUGACGACCUUCGAGACCACUACCUACACCGCAUAUCGCAGUAUCAGUCUUAUCAGCUUGUCUUUGUUGACGAGUCUGGCUGUGACAGGCGGGCGGGAUACCGGCGUUGGCGGUGGUCUCCAAAAGGGUCUUCCCCAGUAGAGACGACGAAGUUUGGUCGAGGGAAACGAUGGCAUAUCCUUCCAGCAUACGCACAAGAUGGCAUCGUGCUGAGGCGAGUACAGUAA